CAGUGGCAGGUUUGGAGCCUGCUUCCUGCCGGCGCUCUGUAAACAGAGCGACCUUCAGGUGUUCGCUGCUCGACCCGGACUCAGACUGUGGAGGUCCGACAUCAGAGGACAGGUGGAGGACACUCGACUGCUCCGAGCUCUGUUCAACACACAGGUUCCUCAGUUUGAGUUGUUUCCUCGUCCUGGUCCAAUCGGAGCGUUCCGUCCAGCAGAGAGACAGCUCGGUCUGCUCAGCUGUUUCCUCAAAGAGUCCUGGAUCCUCAGUUGGAAUGAGUACAGCAUCUACGUCCUUGACUGUCUUAAUGAGGUGAUAGUCGGAGCACUGGAGAGCAGUGGAGACAUCGUGUCAGUGUCAUGUUGUGACAACGAGAUUUUUAUCCUGAAAGGAGACAGAGACAUCAUCCGUCUGUCCAACAGUCCUGAGGGACUCGCCUCCAACUCGGUGGACAUGUCUGCCCGUCUGUCCUCACCUUUGGCCACGCCCACCAUCUUCCCAUCAACCGGAUCUGUGGAAACGGCUCAGCCAAUCAGAACCAUGGCCAUCAUCUUGGAGGGAGGGGGAAGGGAGGCGGGUAGCGGCGGGGAGAGGAGCGGCGAUGAGGAGGUAGAGGAGGCAGAGGAGCAGCUGGAGGUGACAGAGCAGCUCAGCCAGGUGCAGUCAGGUGCAUUCACCAGCAGCUCUCAGAGUCGCAGCAGCUCCGUCACUUCCUGGGACAGUCUCCAUGGAAACAGCCUGGUAGCCACUUCCUGCGAGCUGAGCUCCAGACGCUACAGCACCCCCCUGGGACAGGAGGACAUGCAGCAGGAGCUGGUGGUCAAAGCCAUCAGAGUGAAGAAGAGGAGGAGACGAAGACAAGACAGCAGCAGCGUCUCUGACUCCAUGUUUGUAGUCCAGGACGGCAGUUGCAGUGAUGGAGGCAGUGACAGGGCGUCCCUGGUGGACACUCAGAACCAGGACUCUCCAGAACCUUCCCAGGACCAAGACUCCCAGGAGGCUGGGGGGGGACACUCAGAGGGGGAGAUGGGCAGCGUCCUCCCUCCAGGCUCCUUGCUCCUCCAGGAGGACCAGCCAACCCCAGGACAGGCCUCUGGUCCCAGGACAGAGACGGACGUCGUCCCCCCGACCCCGGAUGUGGAUCUGCUGCUUGAGUGCACAUUCUCCUACAUGCACAACGCGGAGGAGGACGAGGGACAGGAGGACGAGUUCCUGAGCCCUUUGAUUGGACCAGAUGAAGACGAAGAGGAGAACGAGGACCUGGCGCCCCCUGCUGGUCUGGUUGACCAGAUGUUUUACUCCACUUUGUCCACUAUGGAUAGAAAACCUAGUGUGUCCAGUGAUGACGAGGGGGACAUCUACUGUCCCUCUCUGCCCCCAGCUGGCAGUGCUGGGGACGUCCUCAACUGUCCGUCCAAUCAGAUGGAGAGGACAACAGACAGACAAAUGGACCAGGACAUUCAGGACAGGGACACACACAAACCUGACCAGGUGGCAGAGAGCUGGAUGGGAUAUUCAGGACCAGGAUGUGGAAUUCUGAGCCUGCAGGUGACAGACAGGUAUGUCUGGUGUCUGGACUUCAAAGGAGGACUCUUCUGCAGCAGUCUGCCUGAAACUGGACUCAACUGGCAGCGUUUUGAAGAUAACAUCCACCAGGUGGCGUUGUCCCCGUCAGGUAACCUGCUGUGGAAGGUGGAGCAGAAGAGUAUGACGGCAUUUGCAUGUGCGAAAGUGUCCGUUAAAGGAAAACGUCACUGGUACAAAGCUGUGGAGCAGACCGCCUUCGUGGCUCUGAGUGACGACUCGGCCUGGAUCAUCAGGACCAACGGAGACCUCUACCUGCAGACAGGUCUGAGUGUGGACCGUCCGUGCGCUCGCUCCGUGAAGAUCGACUCCCCCUGCGUAUUCAGUCAGGUGUGCGUUAGCGCAGGUGUGGUCUGGGCGCUGAGCGAGCACAAAGCGUUAUUCUACCGAGAAGGAGUCAACAGCUACUGCAGCGAGGGCGACGGCUGGAAGUACGACACCGUCAGUGAGGCUCAGGGGCUGGAGCUGAUGUGCGUUUCUCUGGGACACGGGGGGACAGCCUGGGCGCUGGACGCCAGCGGCAGUCUCUGGUUCAGGACUGGCAUCAGUUGGUCCCGCCCACAGGGAGAGGACGACCACUGGUGGCAGAUCAGUAUUUCGGACUACGUGGUCUUUGAUCAGGGCAGUCUGUUCCAGACUCUGAUCCAGGCCACCCAGAGUGUUGCCACAGUAACCAGGGCGCCAGUGGAGCGGGUGGUGGCCUUCCUGUCCCAGUACUCCCAGUGCCAGCCCAGUCUGGUCAGUGCCAACAGCACCGGAGUCUGGGUCGCCUCAGGCCGCAACCAGCUGCACCUGGCCCGCGGCAGUCUUGUGGGAACUUUCUGGCAGAAUGUUGUUCCAAGAGGAACAGUCUCAGCCACCAGGUGGACCUUCAUCACGUCUUCACCUGUGCCCCACAGAGAAGGUACAUUCCUAUGGUUGGCUCAGAGCAGGAAGGAUCUGUUCUGUGUUUGGGACCAGGAUGGAGAGCUCCGCCCCUCAUCUGUCCCUCUACCACCUGAGAUGGAGCUGAUUCACCUGUCCGCCUGUCGUGAUGCUCUGUGGGGUUUGGACACUCAUGGACGAGUUAGUAUUCGUACACUGUCUCCGUCCUGUCCCUCUGGACUUCACUGGACCCCUCUGGACCUCAGCCAGCUUGGUACGUACCUUACCACGCG